UAAAGUUUCAGUAUUUAACCUUAAAAUUAUUUAUUGUAAAUUAAUAUAUUAAAUAUUUUAUUUCCUAUGAAUUUAUUUAUAAUAUGUUUUUUAAUUUUAACACACGUCAGUUGUAAUUACUGUUGGGAUAACGAUGAUCUGGAAAUAUUUGACUUGGUCGAAGAAAUAAACACCAAUUUUUACACGUUACUAGGAAUUCCACAGGAUGCAAACGCGACAGCAAUUCGGAAAGCGUUUCGAUCGCUUUCAUUACAAUUACAUCCCGACAAGAAUUCAGCGCCAGAUGCUGAAGAAAAAUUUCGUCAGUUAGUAUCCGUUUAUGAUGUGAUAAAAGAACCGAGUAAACGUGAGAAAUAUGAUGAAGUUCUAAAGAAUGGAUUACCGAAUUGGAAAUCAGCUGUGUAUUAUUACAGACAUGUUCGAAAAGUUGGACUCAUUGAAAUGUUUUGUAUUCUGUUUGUUUUGGUAUCAAUAGGACAGUAUGUUGUUGGAUGGGCGUCAUACAUUGAGCAAAAGUUUAAUAUUGAAUCCAUGAAAAAAACCAAAGAGAAAAAGCUUCGAAAAGCUGCAAAAGGAAAAGCUCCAACAGAUCCAAUACAACAGUGGGUUGACGAGAUCCCAAAGCCUAGUGUUUUAAAUACAUUACCUGUACAAAUUCCAAAAUUAUUAUGGUCAAUGACUAUUAAUCUACCCACAACUAUAUCGUGUGUUGUCCGAAUGAUAUCAGAAGCCAUUGAACAAAGAAAACUGCAAAAAGAAGCCGAAUUGGCUCAAAUGGAGGAGGAAUAUCAACCAGAAUUAAAGGAAGAUAAACCUAAACGAAGGAAAAAAAUACCUUUUGUGCCUCAAGAACGACAGUUUGAAGAAAAUUCUUGUUUAUUAGAUCCAGUCGAAGAUGUUUCACCUGUGAUAGAAAAAUACCGACCAGCUCCAGUAGCUGGUGGAUUUUGGAGUGAUGAUGACCUUGCUGACUUAGCUAGAUUAGCAAAUAAAUAUCCUCCUGGUACUCCAGAUCGUUGGGAAAAAAUCGCUGAUAUAAUGAAUCGCUGUAUACCCGAAGUAACACAUAUGGCAUUAAAAAUUAAAGAUAAUCCUCAUCUUUUUUUAAAAAGUAGCGAAGAAAGUAAUACAGUUGUAGACGAUAGUCCGAAAAAAGUAAAAACGAAAGCCGAAUCCAAAAUAGAAAUAGAUGAAAAUGCAUCAUGGAGUCAGUUACAACAGAAAGCAUUCGAAAACGCUUUACAAAAAUAUCCUAAAGGUUCGGUUUCAGAUCGAUGGGAGAAAAUUUCUAAAUCUGUUCCUAAUAAAACAAAGGAGGAGUGUAUACAACGAUAUAAAUAUUUAGUGGAAUUAUUAAAAAAACAAAAAAGUAAAUCAGGUGGGACUGAGGCUGUGGAUGAAACAUCUGAGCAAAUAUAAAUCUUUUAAAUAAAAUUAUAAUUAUUAUA